AUGAUGAAAAACUUACUAGUAAAGAGCUCAGGUGUAUACACCUUUGUAGCGGAAAAAGUUGCAAACACGACCCUUACUACACAAGCAGACAUCCAUCAGUACAGUAACGAUGAUACACCCGGACAUUCUGGAGACACUGAGGAGGGACAAGAUCACAUCUACGCCUCUGCGGCACCGCCCCCUCUGCCUGUGUGUGACGAUGAAGACAACCUAAGUCCUGGGGCUACAGGUCCGUGCCCGCUACAAGCAGCACAUUCUUGGGACUCUGAGGAAGGUCAGGAUCACCUCUACACCUCUGAAGACAACAAAAGUCCUGAAGCUACAGUUCCGUACCCGCUACAAUCCGAAUCUGGACAAACUGACAGUCAAAUCGAUGAAAUCGAGUCCGAUGAGGAAGAAAGGCCGUACGGAAUGGCAACAGAAAAUCCAGUGUAUGAAGAUACAAAUCUAAGUCAGAGUAACCCAACUCCACCUUACUGUGCGGUAGAUUCGAACCAAGUCGAAACAAACCCUUCUGUUUCAAGAAAUAGUUUGUAUGGACAGCAACUUGAAAAUACAAACCUAAAUCAGAGUAACCCAACUCAAUAUUACUGUGCGGCAAAUGCGAACCAAGUCGAAACGACGUCUUCUCUAGGAGUACUAACAUCCAAAUUUUAA